AUGGCGAAACCGGAGAUUAUCGUUAUCGGCACUGGACCUGCCGGCAUUGCUCUUGCACAUACACUGAAGCAUAAACUUGGUUACAACAAUUUCACCGUCUAUGAAAAGCUUGAUGGUGUUGGAGGAACGUGGAGAACAAACACAUAUCCUGGCGUAGGAUGCGAUGUUCCCACUAUUCUCUACUCCUUUUCCUUCAACUUGAACCCCAACUGGUCCAAAGAACUAUGUGACGGCGCGGAGAUCUUGGAGUGUCAGUUCACCUUCCUCGAUACUGUAUCAAUUGUGCAAAACUCUACAGGUCUAGAUAUCGAUGCGACGGUGAACAAGUUCGAUUUGCGCAAGCACAUGCACUUCUCGAUCGAGUGCCUGGGCGCGAAAUGGAACACAAAGUCUUCGCAAUGGAGUGUGCAUUUCCGCGAUCUCCUCACCAAUGUGGAAUAUACACGGACGGCGGACAUCUUCAUCUCGGCCGUGGGUGGCAUUUCAUAUCCGAGAGACGUCAGAUUCCCUGGCAUGGAAAAAUUUGAGGGCGAGAUGUUCCACACUGCUCGAUGGAACCACAACUACGACUACACCGGAAAGCGGAUGGCCGUCAUUGGGAAUGGCUGUAGUGCGGCUCAGGUGGUGCCGGCCGUCGUCGACAAGGUGGGCUACCUAAAGCAAUACGCUAGAAGUGCCCAAUGGUACCACGAGAGACCGAAUCGAAAUUUCACCGCGUCCGAGAAAUGGUGCUUCAAGUACAUUCCGUUGUGGGAGAGAUACAACCGUCUUUCACUCUUCCUCCAGAAUGAUGACCUCGUCGCGACUUAUAUGCCCGGUGCAACAGCGACCAGAAAAAGAGCCAAGGUUGAGGAUCAUGCAAAGAAAUACAUCUUUGCCACUGCCCCGGCCAAAUAUCAUCAAAUCCUGGUGCCAGAUUUUCCUCUGGGCUGCAAACGUCGGAUAUUUGACCCCAACUAUCUGGAAGCGCUACGCAAGCCGAAUCUAGACCUCGUCCCUCUGGGUAUCAAGGCAAUCGACGAGACAGGUAUCAUCGACGAAUCCGGUGUAAAAGCCGAAUUUGAUGUCAUCGUUCUGGCCACGGGCUUUCAAGUCCAGCAGUUCCUAGCCCCCAUGGAAGUGACUGGAAAGGGAGGCUCCACUUUGCUUCAGCAGUGGAAGGAAUCUCGCGGUGCUCAAGCCUACAUGGGAACUUUCAUUCACAAUCUUCCCAACUUUGCCCUUCUGUUCGGACCAAACACCUUCCCGGCACAUAAUUCGGCACUUUUUGCCUGCGAGGUGCAAGUGGAAUAUGUUGCAAGGGAGAUGAUUGCGCCGAUUAUCGAUGGCCGUGCCUCGGUCAUUGAAGUGACCGCAGCGGCUGAGAAUCAGUGGGUGAAUGACAUUCAUCAUCAACUGACAGGAUCGGUCUUCCAGGCAGGCUGUUCGAACUGGUACAUCAACGAAUUCGGUCGCAAUGCCGCCUCUUGGCCUGGGUACGCCUCGACGUACUGGAAAGAGACCUUGAAGCCCAGAUGGGGCGUGCUAGUCAAGACUGGUGGUUCCAAUACCUGGUUGCUGAACAGAACCACUAGGGUUCUUCGGACGACUAGCGUGUUGACAUACUGCGCCACUUUUCUGAUCUUCUUUGCGGCAUACUCGAGACGCAAGCAGUAUAACCUUCUGCCCCUUUUCCAAAGAGUUGUGGAGGCCGUGAAGUCGAGAUUCUAG